AUGGCCGACCGCAAGAACCCAGAGGCCGUGCCCGGGCGACACUCGCACGCCGUUCCGGCGCCUUCUUUCCCCACCCACAACUCUCCGCGCACCUGGUUUCUCACACAGGGGCUGUCGCCGCUGGCCGUGCGGCUGACGCGGCUGCUGCUCGCGCACGGCGACUACGUCGUGGCCUGUCUGCCGCCACAGGAGCUGGCGGACGAAGCACGCAGUGCCGAGUUCCGCGAGCUGGCCAGCGAGUGUCGGACGGCGGCGGGAUCGACAGCGAUGACAGGGACGACAGGGACGGCAACAACGACGAUGGCAUCCAUGACAGCAACACCGCUGACAACACCAGCAGGGACUCGCCAUCGGGACCGCGAGGGCUGGAAGGACCGGCUGCGCGGAAUCCGCUGCGACGGGCGGCAGAUGGGCCAGUGCGCGGCAGCGGUGGCGGAGGCGGUGGCGGCGUUUGGGCGCAUCGACAUCCUGCUGUGCUGCAAGAGCGAGUCGGUGGUGGGCGCGGUCGAGGAGCUGGCGCUCGCAGGCGGGGCGUCGCCGGCCGUGCUGGACCAGUUCGACAGCAUCUUCUUCUCGCAGGUCAACGCGAUCAAGGCGGCCCUGCCGCAGCUGCGGGCCCAACGGACUGGCCAUGUCGUCGCGCUCAGCAGCGUGGGCGGCCAUAUCGGCAUGCCCGGCAUGCCCAUGCAUACGGCCGCUACGGCCGCGCUCGAGGGCUACUGCGACUCGCUGGCCUACGAGAUCGCCCCGUUCAACAUCAAGGUCACCGUCGUCCAGCCCAACACCGAGGUCCAGAUGCUCACGAAUCGCAUCGUCUUUGCCCCGUCUCUGUCCGCCUAUGCCAGCACCCUCGUGGCAGCACCAGCACCUUUGACAGCACCGCCACCUGCGGCCACAGACUUGCUCUCUCCUGCCCACAACAACGGCGGCGAGCCGGCUGCGCCCACCGUCCGCGACAUGCUCAUCCGCGUGCUCAACACACAUCCCGACACGGCUGUCCCGGCCACCAACAAUGCCGCCAGCCGCUCGCCUGUUAGCCGGUUCCCGCGGCUGUCGCCGGCUGCGCUUGACGGACUCGUCCUGGAAACGGUGCACGCGCUGGCUGCCAUUGGCGGCCACGAGAACCCGCCGUCUCGCCACAUUGUCGGCUUCGAGGCCAGCGCGUCCGUGCAGGACAAGCUCAAGACGGUCACAGAGGAGCUCGAGGACUUUGUCGAGGCCAGCGUGGCCGUCGACAUCUUUGACAGCGAGCUCAGGGCAGAGGCACGCAAGGGGCGUCUUGCUGUCGCCGUGGCUGCGUCGGGGGUUGCAGAUGGCGGAGGAAUGGCCGACUAG